CUCUCCAGCCCUAGCCGGCGUUUCUGGGCGACCGACCAUUCACUCCAUAUCCAUGUUCUGCAGAUGGAAAGGAGGUCUGGUGGGCCCCGCGGAUUGUGGAGGAGCUGCCAAGGCAGCGGGGCACACGCGAGCGUACAUUUCACCCUCGGCUUUUUGCUUGGGGUUCACGCUGUGUGAAAAAACAGUUGAAGUGAAGAAAAGUAAAUCCUGUGAAGCUGAUGUCUCCAGUGACCUUCGGAAAGAAGUAGAAAAUCUUUAUAAGCUUUCCCUGCCUGAAGAUUUCUAUCAUUUCUGGAAGUUCUGUGAAGAGCUUGAUCCUGAAAAGCCAGCUGAUGCACUUGCUGCAAGCCUUGGACUUCGGUUAGUGGGUCCUUAUGAUAUCCUUGCUGGGAAACAUAAAAUGAAGACAGGAUCCACAGGCUUGAACUGGAAUCUUCACUGGAGGUUUUACUAUGACCCUCCUGAGUUCCAGACCAUUAUUAUUGGAGAUAAUAAAACUCAGUACCACAUGGGGUAUUUCAGGGAUUCUCCUGAUGAACUUCCUGUAUAUGUUGGUACAAAUGAGGCAAAGAAAAAUUGUGUAAUUAUUCAAAAUGGAGACAAUGUGUUUGCUGCCAUCAAGUUAUUUUUGAUGAAAAAACUUAAAGAAGUAACAGAUAGAAAGAAAACUAGCAUUUUGAAAAACAUAGAUGAAAAACUCACAGAAACAGCCAGAAAACUAGGCUACUCGCUGGAACAGAGAAGCUUGAAGAUGAAACAGAGAGAUAAGAAGGUUGUGACAAAGACCUUUCAUGGUGCAGGCUUGGUUGUUCCUGUAGAUAAAAAUGAUGUUGGCUAUAGAGAGCUCCCUGAAACAGACGCUGACCUUAAAAGAAUUUGCAAGGCAAUCGUUGAGGCUGCAAGUGAUGAGGAGAGACUGAAAGCGUUUGCUCCCAUUCAGGAAAUGAUGACUUUUGUGCAGUUUGCUAAUGAUGAAUGUGAUUAUGGCAUGGGGCUUGAAUUAGGAAUGGACCUCUUUUGCUAUGGCUCUCAUUAUUUUCACAAAGUUGCUGGCCAGCUUUUACCUCUUGCAUAUAAUCUCUUGAAGAGGGAUCUGUUUGCAAAAGUUAUUGAAGAUCAUCUGGCAAGCAGAAGUUCAGAGAACAUAGAUCAGCUUGCGGCAUGAGAGAGUUGCUAUCCAUGCAGAGUUUUAGAGUGGGACUGUCAGAUGGGACUUUGUUUUUAAGGAAUACAGAAAUAAAUAAUGGAAACAUUUAUUAAAAACUUUCAUAAUACA